UUGGAUAAAUUAACUAGUACAUUUUUUUUGGUUAACAAACAAGAGGAUUACAUAUAAUAAAAACUAAACAAAAAUGUCAAUCAAAUGUGAUUCAACUAAAAUUUGUAUUAUUUGUGGCGACCAUUCAAGCGGCUAUCAUUUCGGUGCCAUAACUUGCGAGUCGUGUAAAUCGUUUUUCAGGAGAAAUGCCCUAAAAAAUGCUGACCAAUUCAAAUGUUUUUUGGGCGGCUAUUGCCAGAUAACUACCGAUAACCGCAAACGAUGCAAACGGUGCCGAAUGGAUAAAUGUCUGGCAGUGGGCAUGAAUUCAAGUCUCAUCUAUUCUGAUGAACAAAAAGAGGUCCGAAAGGCUAUUGUCGAACAAAAUCGCAAACGAAAGUAUCAACAGCUGAUGAUUGCCGACAAUACUAUCGAUAGUACCGGUGGUCUAGUGAUGGACAACACCAACACCAACACCACCGCCAUUACCACUACCACUACUACUAUUGAUGGACAGUCGUCUAUUGUCAGCAGCAACUCAUCCUCGACGACAUCCCUAUCCCCACAACAACAACAUAACAUGUCUAUCAUAUCCAUAGCCCAUACACACGAUCUGUACGACGAUAAACGAUUUCUUCACGAAUUUUUGGCACCAAUGAAACCAAUCAGCGAUUAUAAUACACAAUUCAAUAGCCUGGAGGGUAGUAAACUACAGGAGCUACUCGAAGCCAUACAGUUGAUACAAUUACCGGCUCCUACCACCUACUCCUCCACCUAUUCAUCACAUGAUAUAAAACCGGGACGUUUUGUACAGACAAUAGCCGAUGCCAUCAAAAUCAUAACCACUAAACACGAAUUGCAGACAAUGAAAAUUGUCAAAAUGUCCAAACAGUUGACCGGGUUUCGAACCAUCAGCCCCGGGGAUCAGCUAAUCCUAAUCAAGUAUUCGAUGAUUGAGAUGGAGUUUAUGCAACAAGUGAUGGUAUUUAACUACGAGCACCAGUACUGGAAUAUUGUUGUGAACAAUGAAUCGCAUUUAAUUAAAUUGGAUUUAUUUAAAAAUUUCGAUAAUAUUCCGGCAAAUGAAAGGCCAUACAUAUAUCACAGGGAUUUCCUACAAAACAUAGGACUCGACUGGGAAUCCGAUCCAUUGAUCAUACAUUUGCUAACAGCUAUAAUUUUAUUUAAUCCCCAUCGACCUAAACUAGUUAACCGUCAAAUUGUUAAAUUACAGCAAAAUUUUUACGUCCAUUUACUACAACGUUAUCUCUAUAUAAAGUGUCGAUCAGUCCUAAUGGUUAAAACAAAAUACUUGAGACUAAUACGUGAUCUAAAAUUUUUGAAUAUUCUCUGUACGAAAGUUACGGAAAAUUUCAAUAAAUAUACAUCAAAUUUCAUUGAUUAUCCGCCAUUGUUCAAAGAGAUUAUGAUGAAUAGAUAG